GUGGCAAAACAUGGUGGGCUUUAUCUCCACAAGGAGAUAAGAUGGGCUUAGAAAAAGAAGGGCACCCAAUUUUCGCACAUGUUUGGAUAUAAAAAGGGGAGGACUUCCGAGAGGGGGACGGAGAAAUCAAAGAGGCAGCCGGCAGAGAGCUUGGAGGUGAGUUUGAGACAGAGCUUGCGCAAAUUCUGUGUGAGUGAUGGUAGACGCAAAGGCAGCCACUGGGACACUUCAAUCCAAAACAAAGGGACAAGCGCGACAGUGAAAGGCUACAUAUCUGAGUUCCACAAAUUGGGUUUUUGCUCUUCUAAACUUCUUUUUUCCUUUGUUUGAAUAUGGAAUUGUGGUUCAUCAAUUUAAUCUCAAAUUUGAUCAUGUUUGGUAUGAACUAAUUUUGCCAUCUAAGGCUAUGAUGUAGCCUGAUCAAUUUAAUAUAGAAUUUCAUGAUUUUUAUAUUUUCAAGGGUUAUUAUUUCAUGUAGAGUAUAUAUUAUUGUUCUUAAUGCUUUUUGAUGAUUGGCCACCAUUAAAACUGAUUUGAAGAGCAUAAUUGAGACCGAGAGGAGAUUUUAUGUAAUAGCUUUUAGUAAUAUAUACCAUGAAUUGAA